CCGCCCCAAAGAGAAGAAGAGCGCGCAUCAUGAACGGAUUUCACGGCUGUAAUUUAUAAAGAGAGAGCACACUGACUGAGAGGUGAAUGUGUGACGAACGCUAGUAAAAAAAAGAAAAAAAGAAAAAGAGAAAUGAUGCCUGAACACCAGACCGGAAAGCGAAGGAGGACGAAGCUGUGAGAACGGAUCUCUCCUGCGAGGCUUGAAACCAUCACAGCGCUCCACGGGAGGAACGAGACGGGGAUAACGAGAACCCAAGAAGAGGAGGAGGAGGGGGAAAAUGCUUAAAGUUUGGCCGCGUUGUUGUCUACAAGUGCGACUCCGCAGUAGCUGCAGAAAAUGAGCAGGAAUUAAACGAAGAAUGCAUGUCGUUUUGGAUAUAGCUGUGAUUUUGCAAACAUAUAUCAUCUGCACUUCAUCAGCUCAGCCUAUUACAUCCAAGCUUGAUGAGGGUUGGUGGGCAUACAAGGAUGUUGUCCAGGGAAGCUUUGUUCCAGUUCCAUCCUUCUGGGGUUUGGUGAACUCGGCCUGGAACCUGUGUGCCAUUGGGAAAAGGCAGUCCCCCAUCGACAUCGAAACCAGUCACAUGAUUUUUGACCCCUACCUGACCCCUCUCAGGCUCAAUACAGGAGGACACAAGAUGGGGGGCACCAUGUACAACACGGGGAAGCAUGUGUCCCUGCGGCCAGACAAAGCCCACCUGGUGAACAUCUCUGGGGGCCCCCUGGGUUACAGCUACCGGCUGGAAGAAGUCCGCAUCCACUUUGGGAGUGAAGACUCUCAAGGUUCAGAGCACCUCCUGAAUGGACAGGGCUUUCCUGGAGAGGUGCAGCUGAUCCAUUAUAAUCAGGAUCUGUAUGCCAACUACAGCGAGGCAGCUAAGAGCCCUCAUGGAAUUGCUGUUGUUUCCAUCUUCAUAAAGCUCUCUGAAAAUUCCAAUGCCUUCCUGAACCGCAUGCUCAACAGAGACACCAUCACCAGAAUUAACUACAAACAUGAUGCCUUCUUAUUGAUGGGCCUGAACAUAGCUGACCUCUACCCCGACACCACGCGUUAUAUCACCUACGAGGGCUCCAUCACCAUUCCUCCCUGCUACGAGACAUCCACGUGGAUACUCAUCAACAAGCCGGUCUACGUGACACAGAUGCAGAUGCACUCCCUGCGCCUCCUCAGCCAGAACGAGCCCUACAAGAUAUUCCUUAGUAUGAGUGACAACACCCGGCCCACCCAGCCUUUGCUGCAACGCUGCAUCCGUACCAAUAUCAACUUUAGCAAGCAGGGCCGCGACUGCCCGAACAACCGCGCCCUCCGUCCACAAUACAGAGUGAACCAGUGGCUCCUGAAGUAGAAGUGAAGCUGGAGCACCAUAAAAGGAGAGGAAGGAAUCACUGGAGUCCUUUUCCCACUGCCGAACCAAGCUGAGCUGAAUAAAUGGGACAUGCACUCAAUGAAAAGCACAAGAGCUGCACACACAUCACUAAAGACAGCUUAAGAAAACUGAUAUUAGCUAAGCUCAAAUUACAACACUCUAACUGCUAUGCUGGCCUCCUACACAUCCACUGUCUACCAGUACUCAUCGGGGGCUGCACAGUAAUGGUACAGAUCAGUCCGAAGUGUGAAAUAGACCAUAAGGACUCUGAUGUCUACAUUGUACUGUCUUUUUAUUUGCUCUGUCUAGUCACAUAGAUUUAAGUUGCAAUGAUCCAAAUAUUUUUGGCUGGUUUUUAGAUGUGUGGAUGCUGCUAAAGAUGGCAGUACCUCGGGUUUGCUUAUGAUAAUCACUUGUUGAUAUUCAAAUCUAGUCUACAGAAAAUAAUUAUGAAAACUAUCACUCAUGGGAGGAAUUAUUGCAUUUCCAAUGAUCAUCUGUCCCCUGCCAUGAAAGAAAUCCUCAGCUUUGUUAUGAUGAGACAUGAAAAUAUGCCUAUUCUGAUAUCAAAUAUAAUGACUAAAGAUGAUCAUUUUCAAAAAGAAUGUGGAACUUGUGAAUUGAGGUUACAUAACUAAGGGGAGGGAGAAACUGCAUCUCUGACAUUUUACAGACCUGAACAGAUGGAGUCACUAGAGACUGGAAAGGGAUAGGUCACUCAAUUUGCAUGAUUUUGAAAAUAUUCACUCGUCUUCAUGGUAUUUAAUUAAAAAACGGAGUCAGAGUUCACCUCGCAUCAAGUCCCUGCUUUUCACAGCAAUGUAUCAAGAGCUGACCUUCCCUCAUUACUCCAAGAGCAAACAGAUACACACGCAAUCAACUGUUUUCACCAAAGUUUAUGCUACAAAGCUAACCCUGUGCAAAUUAACCAUUUAUUAAUCCCUGCAUUGAAUAGCAACUGUCCUAGCAACUGUAAUGAGACGUGAAGCCUGUCGAGCUUUGGAUUUCUCCACCACUGAAUCAAGUGUAGGAGAAGUGUGUGUGUGUGUGUGCGUGUGUGUGUGUGCGUGUGUGUGCAUGUGUGUGUGUGUGUUUGGGGGGGUGGCAAAAAAACAAGAAAAAAGAAAUGACCAAACAAAACAAGCUCUCUUGUACUCUUAUUAGUGAAGUCAAAGCAUCUCCUCUGUGUUCAUUGUAAUUAUGACUGGUGUCAAGAACAAAGUGAUGGGAGAAGCAUGAUAUGAUAGGGUACUGAGAGAGGAGCUGUGGCCCUGCAUGAAGACGUCAGGAGUGGCAGAGAAGUAUGUGAGGUGCAGGACGUGUAAGAGGACAGUGAGAAAGUGGUGAGGUGUGUGAUAGGAGCUGCAGACUGAUUUGAGGUGGGGGUAGAAUUUAAACACAGGACAAAGCUGAUAGUUUUAUUGUAAUAUUCAGUCGGUGUAACCAUGACAUCAAAGGUUCUUUAAUAUUAUUCAAGUACUUGGUACUUAGUUUACCAGCUUACUAAUGCUGCGCUAGCAACACAAAAAGGAUAAGGAUACUGACUACUUGUAUCUACAAGCCAGUUUUCUGCUGCAUCUCACUUAAUAUUUCCUGCUGUCUCAAGCAAAUUAAAAACACUAAUAAUACUAUACAGAGCCAAUCUGAAGAGUAACGACUGAUUUUUUUAGACAUACUGUGAUUUAUUCAAUCUAGCAGAUUUUACAGUGUAAGUCCCGUUAGCAGUAGACACAAAUUUAGGUUGUAUUUUCUGUCAGGUCCCUUUUUCAUUGAGAUGUCAGAUAUAUCAGAAAAAGAUGAAUCUUCCAGCUGUAAUUAUAACAUUUGGCAUUUAUUUUCAAGUGGAAAACGGGCAAUUACUGUAACUCCAAUAUUAUGGAAACACAGUGCCAUGCAUUACCAUCAAAUCAGAUAGCAAGUCAUAUUAAAUACUUGGUUUUCAACCAGCAUGUUUCAGUGUUAACAUUAGUUAAUGCGACCCACCCAAUAAAGUUGUUAGGUAGUUAUUAUUCCAUCUGCAACUGUCUGCUAAAAAUGAAAAGAUGUUUUUUUCCCUUCCACCAUUGUUACUGUAAUUUGCAUGUGUGCCAUGAGAGAAAUGAAAGUUUGAUACAUGUCAGAAAGUAAAGGGUGGGGGGGCUAUGAGGCCGGUCAGUUGGAUAUGAAAUAAUUGGUCAAAUUUAGCCCAAGUAACACAGAGACACAGCAAGAUUAAAUUGCUCUACUUUCAAUAUUACAUUUCUGCCACUGAACUCAUGUUGCUGGUUAUUACUAUAAAGUGUAAAUGACAUUAUUGAUCUUGUUUUUAUUAAAGUGGGAAAACAUAAUUUUUUAUCAAACUCAAAUGUAUUUCAGACAGAAGAUACAGACAAGAAUGUCUGAAGUGUUCAAUUUGCUCUGUGGAGUUUUACUGUAAACAAAAGUUAGUUUUUUUAUUUUGUUUGAGGUGUCCUGUGAAUACAUGUAUUUUUACAUCUAUGCUAGUUUCAUGUUUCCAUUGUCAUAAAUCUGCAUAGCUGAUUCUUACUGUUUAAAACCAGUAUGGUUUAUAUCAGCAGCACCUAUAGAUUAGGAAAAUUUAGUGACAACACUGGCAGGACUGAAUGUCACACCACGUGAAACUAGGACAGAGUCGUGGAACAGCUGCUCUGCAACUAAAACUCCACAGAGCAGUAAGGUACCAACAGCUGUUCACAAGAAAGGUCCUGUGGGUUGAAGACCUGAUCAAAAUUGAUUUUUUUUGUUCCAUUCAGAGUUUACAUGCAUUGAUGGUUCUUUGGUCUGGUUGUAGCUCCUGAACCUGACUGAUAAAGAUCUCUAGUCUACAUGUGGAAUAUUAAAGGCCCAUUUAUAUAAUGGUUGGUCAUCACGGAUUAACACCAACCCAGCUGGUCAGCUUGUGAGAUUGUUUUUAUUUUAAUUUUUACCUUUCAGUUUGCUGUGAUGUUGUAUCUCAUGAAGGGAAAAAAGCUGAGUCUUUCUGUUUGUUUAGUUUUAAUAUGUAACUGUAAUGAACAAAUGGAACUACGAUGAGGGUGGAGAUAUGUGUUAUCACAUCUGGAAAAGGAAUUCACAAUUAGAAAAACUACAUGUCUUUUGAGGUAACUUGAAAUUAUACUCAUGUAUGUUGAGUGUAAAUAUGGGUUUUGUUUAAGAUGGAUUACAGUGGAGA